AUGGACGUUCGCCAAGCGUUGGAGGCGGUGUUUGGCAGCAAGGCCGACCCUGAUGUGCUCGAUUACUUGAUUUCAUGCUUGUCUGACGAAGAUUUCGAGUGGGGAGACGAUGCCCAGGAGGCGUACGAGGCCUUUGGGGAGAUGAUGACCAGCAGCCGGUGCGUGGCUGACGACGCGGCCGCGCACAAGGCGUGCCGCCGCCUGCAGCGCUUGCUCCAGGGCGGCGGCGGCGGCGAGGACGACGCGGCCAGCGACGCCAGCGGCCUGUCUGCCGCCGGCGGCCGCCCCGCGGGCUUCAGGACGCUGGAGGGCGGUCCCGUGCUGCUGGACGAGAUGAACCGGGUCAGCGUGCAUUCCUCGGAAAUCAAGAAGUUGGGCAAGAACAUGAUCCAGGGGUUGUUUUCCGGGGAGGGCGGCGAGGAGGACUUCUCGCUCAUGACAGAGAAGGACGCCACCAAGAUCAAGAAGCUCAAGGAGAAGCAGGAAAAGCAGCAGAUGGCGGCGUUCAGGGCGCACCAGGCGGAGGCGCGAAAGGCGCUGGCUGGCAUGAAGAUUGAGGUGGUGCGCAAUGCAGACGCGUAUGGCGCGCAGUCGAGGGCGGCGGCCAUCCUGGCGGGCCUCUCCUUCGAUCCAGACAUGCAGGCAAGCCCUGAGCUGGCGCCUGGCUGGCUGCUUGGCGGGCGGGCAGGCAGGCUGGCGGGCUGCCUGGGCCGCGCCACCAAGACCUUCAGCGGCGGCUGGCGCAUGCGCGUGGCGCUGGCUCGGGCGCUCUUCGUCGAGCCAGACCUGCUGCUGCUGGAUGAGCCCACCAACCACCUGGACCUACACGCCGUGCUGUGGCUGCAGGAGUACCUGCUCAAGUGGCCCAAGACGCUGGUCGUGGUGUCCCAUGCCCGCGAGUUCCUCAACACCGUCUGCACAGACGUGCUGCACCUACACUCUCGCUCCAUCACCACAUACCGGGUCCGCCUGGCGGUCUUCUCCCAGCACCACGUGGACGGGCUGGACCUGGCCCUCUCCCCGCUCCAGGUUGGCCCGCCGCCCGGCAGCCCUGCCGCGCGCCGCCGACGCCGACCCGCUCGCCAGCAGCGCAGCUGGUGCUGCCAGCGAGCAUGCAGCAGCGGAGCAUGGCGCCGACCCCGCACGGCGUGA